AUUCUUGACCAGCUUGUCCCAGCUUUACUAUGCAACAGAAAAUGGAAUACAAAUGUAUUUUAGAUGAAAAAACUUUGAAAAAGGCUAAAGAAGAGUUGAAUGAAGAUCCGAAUGACCGUUUGGCCGCAGUUGAUUCACUCCGAAAAUGGAUUAGUGAACAAAAAUAUAUUAAAUGUAAUACGAGUGUUGAGUUUCUACUACCAUUCUUGAGAACUGCAAAAUUUAGUCAAUUAAGAGCAAGAAGUAUAUUAGAAGGCUAUCACAAAACUUUAGUUGAAAAUCCAAAAUGGUUUGCCAACAUUGAUAUAUGUGACAAAUCCAUUCUUAAAUUUCUAAAUCAAGGUUGUAUGUUUCCUCUACCUGGAAAAGAUAAAGAAGGAAGGACCCUUGUUUUUCAAAGAAUCUCAGCAAUGGAUUUGAAAACAGAGCCUUCAGUGCUGAUGAGAGCUUUCUGGGCACUUUUCAUUUAUCUUCGAAGAGACGAAUAUCUUCAAGUUCAUGGAUUGAAAUUAAUUGCUGAUUGUACCGGUUACACUAUGAAACAUUUCAAUAUCAUCCCUUUCGAAGAUAGGAAAAAAAUGCAAAAGUUUUGGCAAGGUAACACUCCCUACAGAUUUAAAGGAUCAAUAAUGUACAACAUCGGACCAAUAUUUGAUACAAUUUUUAGCUUACUUAAACCCAUAAUAAGCAAAAAAUUCCAGAGUCGAAUGCAUGUUAUAUCUAAUUUUGAAGAAGUCUACCAACAAGUUGAUAUGAAAUAUAUUCCCAAUGAAUACCUUCCAGAUGAUUAUACAGGAGAGAGAGCUGGUACUUGCCAUGAAAUUAAUGAAAAAUUUAUAGAGGAUAUCAGCAAAUAUCGAGAGUUCAUCUUGGAAGCUACUGAUGAUUUAAAAUAUGGGAUUGAUUUAGCUCUUAAAGAUAAGUCAGUACCCGAACAAUCAUUUAGGAAAUUAAAUGUUGAAUAA